AAAAUUAAUAUGAGUACAAAGAGGACAACAAACACUCCCCCCCAACUAAUUGGAGGUGCUCCAUUCUAUCUAGGUCCUCAUCACCCUCCUUUGCCUGCUGCCAAGACUCUGCAUUACCCCUUACCAAAUGAUCGUCACCUUAAACCAAAGUAAUGGAGUCCCUCUUAAUUAGAUUAUUGAAUAUUCACAUCGAAUAGAGUGCUCCAAUGAUAGUUUUCAGCGAUUUGGGAGUUGGAAUAGAAGACAUGGGAUGGGGAGGUUGGAAAGCCGAGGAAGGAGAAUUGGAUCCAUGGGACGAAGCUUUGUUAAAUGAUGAUGUGAAGAAACUGGAGGAGUUGGACAAAAAAGCCUCAUGAUAAGUAUGAUAAAGUGGAUUUUUA